AUGAAGUCGUAUAGUCUUCAGCGUAGGGCUCCACCGGCGGAAGACGGCGCGCCAGUGCUCCGGCGGAGCGCGAGCGCGAAGCAGGCGUCCUCCCCGUCGCCGCUCAGCGUCUCCUCCUCCUCCUCCCAGUACCAGUCGGCGCGCGCCUCGACGUGCACGGCCAACGCGCCUGCCUUCGCGCGCCACAAGGCGCCGUCCAUCAACUGCAUGGCGGCCACCUCCACCGACACGCCGCCGGCCACCCCCAGGGGCACCAAGCAGCAGAAGCCCAAGUCGGCGUCGUACUCGUCGAUGUUCUCCCCGAGGAAGCUCAUGCAGCGGGCCUCCCGCGCCUUCCGCGGCAGGUCGUCCCGGCACAAGAGGAACUUGGCGGCGGACGUCGGCGAAGUGGACAGCCCCAGGUCGGUCGCCAGCAAGGGGUCUGACGCUGAAAGCAGCGUCUUUUCCUUGGACGAUCAGAUCACCGACGACGUCGUCGACGCCGGAGCCGCCUCCAAGCAGGAGGAGAUCGUGCCGGAGAAGAUCAUACACGAGGCGAACCCGCCGUCGCCCGUGAUCAAUCAGCUGGCGCCCGUGGCGGAGGAACAGGAAGAGGCGCGCAAUAACUCGCCGAAGAAGGAGGAAGCCGCCGCAGAGAUGGAGAAGGAGGAGGAGGAGCCCAAGAAGGAGGAGGAGGUGCCCAAGGAGGAGGAGGAGGAGGUGCCCAAGAAGGAAGCUCCUCCUGCUCCGGAUGACACCGUCGCCGAAGUGGACAAAAUCGCGGCUGCCAAGAAGCAGCAGCGCGAGGAUGAAAUCAAGGCGGAGGUGGUGUGGAGGUUCCAGGGCUGCCGGGUGAGGACGUCGACGGGGAAGCGGUCGUUCGACGCUGACACGCCGCGGCGGCGGGAGUCGGCACGCAGCAACGAGGCGGUCGAGGAGGCGCGGAUCAAGCUGCUGGAGCUGCGGCAGGUGAACAAGGUGAAGGCUCUCGUCGGCGCCUUCGAGACCGUCAUGGACGACAACGAAAGCCCCGUCGCCGCCCGCAAGUCGCGGCUGAACCCCCACGCCUGA